AUGUCGAAACCAACAGGUUCUGAAUGGUCAGUAAUGCUCAUCAGUAUACUCUUUCUUGUUAACUAUCUUCUUCUCUGGCAACUUGGCUCUGGGACUAUUACUUUUGAUGAUGGCAUCGAAGAUGUCGUACGCAGUGGAUCCCUUCCAGAUUAUGAAGCAUCUCAAGAUUUUGAACCUUUCAAGCAAUUCGUUGACCGGUUCUAUACCUCCAAACCUGACAAAGUUGCACAAUCUGAUUUAUCUCCAUCUUCGCCUCAACUUCCUCAGUGGUACUAUAAACGAAAAUUUGGGGAAACUCUCUUCACUGAUGUUUCUGGAUCUUUUUAUAGUAACAAGUUGUCAGGCAUUAUUCCAAAAGAAUUAGGAAAGCUGUCUUUUCUCAUCUCUCUGAACCUAGAUGACAAUGAUCUUCAUGGUGAACUUCCGAAGGAGCUUGGAAACUUAACCAAUCUUAUACAGCUAUACUUGACAGCAAAUAAAUUUACUGGGACAAUUCCUACGACAUAUGCGAAACUGACCAAUCUUGAAGAGUUUGCAGUGGGUGGAAACUAUUUGUCUGGUCCAAUACCUGAUUAUUUUGGAAAAUGGGUGAAACUCACCAAACUGGUUCUGAUAGGAAAUAAUUUUGAAGGGAAACUGCCACCACAAACUUUUAGUCUGCCAAGUUUAAAGAGAUUGUGGGUCAGUGAUGUAAGCAAUCCAGGAAUCUCAUUCCCAGAAGAAGUACCGGAACAAAAUUCUCUAUUUUCUGUGGUCCUGAGAAAUUGCAAAAUUAACGGCUCAAUACCCAAAUACAUUGGCAAUUGGUCACAGUUAAAAUAUCUAGAUUUGAGCUUCAACAACUUAAGUGGUAGCGUUCCGGAAACAUUUCAGAGACUGAAUAAGUUAUUUUUAACGAACAACACGCUCAGUGGGCUUCCUAACUGGACCAAUAACUCAAUGACAAAUGUCUAUCCUACAGCGGAUCUUUCGUACAAUAACUUCAACGUGACAUGUGAAAAUGUAACAUGCUUGGGAUUGCAGAAUGUAAACAUUCACCCGACUAGGUUUUUCAUAGAUGAGAUGCGGAAGAAAAAAUGUGGUCGAAGGCAUAAUUCCUUGUUUAUAAAUAGUGGUGGUGAGGAAGUAGAUGACGGAAAAAAUCGUUAUCAUAACGAUACCUCAUUAUCAAGUUUUAAUCUUAGUCCAUCUGAGGAUUGGGCUUAUAGCUAUGCUGGGGACUACCUCUGGGCAAAAGUCAAUGCCAGUACUUUAGUAAGAAACUUGACGUGUGAAAUUACUAACUCCAAGGCAAACAUAGAUAACAAUUUUCGCCUUGCUCCCGUCUCUCUAACGUAUUAUGGCCUCUGCUUGCGUAAAGGCAAGUACAUUGUGACACUUCACUUUGCUGAAGCAUUAUAUUCUAAGAGUGAAGAUUACAGCACAUCAGGAAAACGAGUGUUUGAUAUAUAUAUUCAGGGAAUGAUUGUAAAGAAAGAUGUCAACAUAAAGGAAAUCCCUGGGAAAGAACAUGAAGAAAGACGACUACAAUUCAAGGUUAAAAUAAAUGAUGGUUCGUUAGAGAUCAAGUUCUUCUGGGCUGGCAAGGGAUCUCUAUACAACCCACCUGCUCUCAAUGGACCUCUCAUAUCAGCUGUUUCGAUCACUCGUGUUCCCAGAAAACUGCAUGGUUGGGAAAUUGCGUUGAUUGCAGUAGGCUGUAUUUUGUUUCUGCUGCUGUUGUUGGCCUUCAUGUGGAGAAUGGGCUGGAUAGGAGACAGAGAAUUGCGAGAAACCAAAGUGAAGAUUGGAGAAAGAACUUUCACCCUUAAGCAGAUCAUUGAUGCAACAAAAAAAUUUAGUCCCAAGAUGGAGCUUGGUAGCGGACGUUCUGGGAUAGUAUACAGGGCUCAAAUAUUGCAAGAUCUGACUGUAGCAGUGAAGAAGCUAUUCGCUGAAUCAAAUGCAGUCGGUGAAAUAGCAACUGAAGUUUAUGUCAAGAAAGCCAAGGAGUUGAAACACGACAACAUUGUUAAAUUGCUUUAUGUUUAUUCAAGAAGGCACCUACAUUUACUCAUCUACGAAUUUAUGGAAGUUGGCUCGCUCGGACAAGUUUUAUUUGGUACAAAUUCCACAGUGCGAAUUGAUUGGCCGAAAAGAUUUAUAAUAUGCAAAGGAAUAGCGAAGGGUUUGAAGUAUCUUCAUGAAAGGAAUCCUCAAAUAAUACACAGAAACAUAAAAGCCAAUAAUAUCAGAUUUUGGAUUGGCAAAGCUUUACGAGGAGGAGGAUCCACAUGUUGCGGUUAGAGCAGCAGCAGCAGGAGGAGGAGAUCUUUCAUACAUGUCACCAGAGUAUGCAAUCCGGAGAACCAUGACAGCGAAAGCCGAUGUCUACAGUUUUGGGAUCCUUCUCCUUGAAAUCGUUAGUGGGAGAAAUAAUGCUGAGUACAGAGAAAAGGAAGAAACUGUUGUUCUUCUAGAUACGGCCGCUAAUUUACGUGCGCGGGGAACGCUAGGAGACUUGGUUGACUCAAGGUUGGGCCGUAAUUAUGACGGGAACCAAACGAACAUUGUUCUGAAUUUGGCAAUGAUGUGCACCGACCAAUCACCUUCUCUCAGGCCUACAAUGUCUCAAGUUGUGGCUGUACUUGAAGGCGAAAAAACCCUUAAGAAUAUUUCUGAAGAGAUCGCUCCCUCGAUCUCUCCUGCUUGAGUACCGGAUGGUCAAUAUAUAUAACUGGUGUGUUUUGCCAUGUUUCCAUAUCUAUUGAUUCUUCUUCUUCUUGUUCUUCUUUUGUUGGUUUGUUUUCCUUGAUCCUCCUUUUGAUUUAAAUCUUCCUAGUAAAGAUUGAAGGAAAAACAUGUACUGGUUCUUAAGAAUUAUGGCCCUGGAAAUUAGAGACCUUGUUGAUAUUAUGUGA